CUUGUCGCACACUUAACGUCAAACUAAUUCAAACAAAUGAAUGAAUACAGACCGAGUCUGUGUACAAUUUACUCGUACUUCCUUCGCAAUACGUAAGUUGCCGCUCCGCUGCUGUUAAAUCACGAAAUAAAAAAUACAGUGAACUUUUUCGCAAGUUUAUUCCUCCAAGUAAUUCGUCCAGAAAUAACAUGAACGGUCCCGAAGGACCAUCUCGAUGCUGUGAUGAUGGAUGCGACGGUCUGAAGAAUACACAGGCAGCCAUGGAGCGCUUAGGAAUGGAAGAAACUCCUGGCUGUGAAGCCAGGACUGCUGGUGAAGUGAAGGUGAACAGCAAGAGGUUCGGAAGAGGAGCUGUGGAGUCAGGUUUGACCCACGAGUGCGGAGUCUUCGGCGCCAUCAGCACCGGCGACUGGCCCACCCAGGUCGACAUCCCACAGGUCAUUUGUCUAGGAUUAGUCGCACUGCAACACAGAGGACAAGAGUCAGCGGGUAUCGUGACGUCAGAGGGCAAGAGUGCGCGCACGUUCAACACACACAAGGGAAUGGGUCUCGUCAACAAUAUAUUCAACGACGAAGCCAUGAAGAAGCUCAAAGGAAACCUCGGCAUUGGACACACUAGGUACUCGACCUCAGCAGCAUCGGAGGAGGUGAACUGUCAGCCCUUCGUGGUGCACACCGCGCACGGAGCACUCGCCGUCGCACACAACGGAGAACUCGUCAACUGCAGCAGUCUCAGGAAGAUGGUGUUAGGCCGUGGAGUAGGUCUGUCGACUCACUCGGACUCGGAGCUGAUCACGCAGGCUCUGUGCCUGAACCCGCCCGAGGGGGAGACCAACGGACCCGACUGGCCCGCGCGUAUUAACCACCUCAUGAGGCUGGCCCCCCUAAGUUACUCCCUCGUAAUAAUGCUGAAGGACAAGAUCUACGCAGUCCGCGACCCCUACGGCAACCGACCACUCUGUCUCGGCAAGAUCCUACCUCUCGGCUCCUCGUAUGUCUACAAACAGUCGUCGGCGCAGCAUGCCGCGGUUUUAAUGAACGGCUGCGCGAAGAACGGCGUCGAUGACAGAGCUGAAGGAUGGGUUGUGUCGUCAGAGUCCUGUGGAUUCCUCUCUAUCGGUGCCCGCUAUGUCCGUGAAGUGUUGCCCGGAGAGAUAAUAGAAAUGUCCCGGCACGGGAUUCGAACAGUGGACGUGGUGGAGAGGCCCGCGGACAAACAACAAGCUUUCUGUAUAUUUGAAUACGUGUACUUCGCCAGGGCAGACAGUAUCUUUGAAGGCCAGAUGGUGUACUCGGCGCGCAUGCAGUGCGGGCGCAUGUUGGCGCGCGAGUCGGCCGUGGACGCCGACAUCGUGUCCUCCGUGCCCGAGUCCGGCACCGCCGCCGCGCACGGAUACGCACGACAGUCCGGUAUUCCCUUCAUGGAGGUCCUAUGCAAGAACCGCUACGUAGGCCGUACCUUCAUCCAGCCGUCCACCCGCCUGCGUCAGCUGGGAGUGGCGAAGAAAUUCGGCGCCCUCUCGGAGAACGUGCGAGGGAAGAGGAUCGUACUCAUCGACGACUCUAUCGUCAGAGGCAACACUAUCGGACCUAUUAUUAAGCUGCUGAGAGAUGCCGGAGCUGCUGAGGUCCACAUAAGGAUAGCGUCUCCUCCCCUGAAGUACCCGUGCUACAUGGGCAUCAACAUCCCCACGCGAGAGGAACUCAUCGCCAACAAGAUGGACUCCUUCAAACUCGCCGAGCAUGUUGGUGCGGACAGUCUAGAAUAUUUAAGCGUAGAAGGCCUAGUGUCGGCAGUGCACUACAACAUGAAGACUAACCCCAGCGACGGGCUGGGAGGGCACUGCACCGCCUGCCUCACUGGGGAGUAUCCCGGCGGAGUGCCCGACGACGACUGGUGAAUGAACGAUCUGCUGCCUGGUGAUUGGUGAACAUGAAGUAUGAAUGGUGAUUGGCACGGUUCGAUUUUCUUUUUAAUUUACUUUUUCCGUGAAUGUAGAUGAUUUUUUAUAGAUAAUCUAACAGGAAUGUGUUGAUAACUUUAUGUUUUAUUAUUGUGUCCAUUGUGUCAAAUAAAACAAGCAACUCUUUACAAUUUAAUGCCUUAUUGGUAUGCUGAUAAGUGUCAAACAGUAUCCUUAGUACGAGUUGGCUAUACGUUUAACGAGAUUGAUUUGGUUGGUUCAUUCAAGCCGGCCAAUCAGAGGGCUUACUACUAACCAGAGGCCGUACUAAGGCCUCAGAUAGUGAUUUUAGUACAAUAGCAAUUGAUGUUGCUGAGAAAUAAUAUUCUUCUCUAAUUUAUACUAUACUCAUCAUUAUCUACUAAAGAAUCGUUUACAUUCACGUAAAAAUAAAAGUAUUGUAUACAGAAGCUAAAAACGACAUGAUGUUUGUUUGUAAAUUGUAACGAAACGGAGUAAAUCUUGUACUAAAUAUUGUUAAAGAUAUACUUUACAAGUACUAUAUUGCAUUUGUAUGGGGUAUAAAUGGAAUGGAAUAUUUGUUUUAGCUUACAAAGUAGAUUGUACAAUCUAUAUUUACUAUAGGUACUUUAUUUACUGAAUAUUUUUCUAAAUAUAUUUUUAAAGUUGUCGAAUAUUACUAUAAAAUGUAAUUUAUGAAGUUUUUUGUAGGUUAGGUAAGCCACUAGUGCCUUAUUAUGUUUUUUAUUUUGGCUACCUUAUGGAGAUGAUUGUCAUAGAUUUUUAAUAACAGCAUACUGAAAGAUUUUUUGAGUAGUUUGAUGAAAAACAAACCUAAUCAUGAUUAUUUUACAUGCUAAAAUCGCUUUUACAUACAAUCCAUAAUAUGUUUAUACAUUUAUACAUCUGUUUUUAAUUAAAGACAUUAACUGUUGAAAGGAAACUGUUUACGGUAAAUUUUCUGCUAAGCGUCGGUCAUCAGUAUCCGACGUGGCGGUUAACGUGAUUUUUAAAUCUAUGAUCAAGAUUCUCCAUCAAAAAAUCUUCAAUACAUUCUCGAAUAAUUGUGCAUUUCAUUCGAAUUAUACCUCGAAUAUUAGUAAUAAAUUAUAUUUAGAGCAACGUCGUGCUGGCUACGGCGAUAUAUUCUAAUUUUAAUGCUACUCUAUCAAUUUAUAGACUAAGUAGAUAUUUCUUAUUAAAAACUAUAUUUUUCAAAACAUUCCUAUGUAUAGACACAUAUUUUUUGAUAUUUUAUAAUACAGUGGGAAAAUGUUUUAGUUUUUAUUAUUGGAUUGAUUUUAUAUCCAAAAUCUCAAUCGAUAUUUUCGUACGAAUAUAUCAGUUUUCAUGAUAAAAAUUCUCGAAUCCAAUUGAUUUAAAAUAAGUAGUUAAAUAAGAUCUUUGUCCUUUUAACUUUAAGUUACAUUUAUUGUUAAUAUGGGGCCAAUAUUUGUUGUUUUAACAAAAAAAUUCGGCACGUUGUUAAAAGACACAAGAAAAUAUUGUAAUUUUAAGACUAUCUAAUGUUCCUAAGCAAAUAAAAAAUAUACAAAAAAAAAUAUUAUAAUACAGUGGACCUCACUAAACGUAGGAACUGAGGUCAUAUUGUCUAAGUACUGUUUUAAAAGAAAAAUAAAAGAAACAAUCGAUGUUGAAAAAUUGUCGAGAAUUGUAAGUACAUAUACUUUUAUAUAAAGUUUUUUUCUACA